GAGGGGAACGUUGUGACGCGCGUCUUCUGCGUGUACCCUCUGUCGCGUUCUCGAGCACGAGAUCGGAGCGCGUCGCCGCGAGUGUUACGCUAGGGGAGGAGACGCACCCUCCUGUCCUCGAUCGCAACGCAUCGUCGAAGCCGUGCAGUCGCGCGGCGUGUGUUUCCCGUGUCCGAAAAAUGUAAUAUGGCGAUGGUUGCGUCGAACAUGAGCGGCCACAUACAGAAGCAGCUCACCAGGAGCCUCGAGCGGAUCCUGGAGGAGGCGCACCUGAGCGGCGAGCUCAAAUUGAGCGGUCGCAAGCUCAAGGAUUUCCCGAAGGUCGGGAAAACCGGCGCGGCCAAGUACAAUCUGCAGGACACCGUGAUCGCCGAUCUUUCAAAAAAUCGCUUCAGUGAGUUACCGGAGGAAGUCACGGAAUUUCCAUUUCUCGAGAAGCUGCACCUUUACCAUAAUGCCAUAAGAAUAAUCCCGGAAACCGUCGUAAUGCUCCAAUCCCUGAACUACCUCGAUCUUAGUCGAAACCAAUUGACGUCACUACCUCGAGAGAUAUGCAGGCUACCUCUCCAGACCUUGCUAGUCGCGCACAACAGAUUAGCAUCUCUGCCAGAUGAGCUCGGCAGGAUGACAUCGUUGGCAGAACUGGACGCAGGUUGCAACGAAAUCACGAGCCUUCCACCUCGAAUAGGCGACCUUGCGCGGCUCCGGUCUCUAGACCUGAGGAGUAACUUGUUGGUGCACCUGCCUAUAGAACUGACGUACCUGAGGCUCGUGAAGCUGGAUAUUAGCGGCAAUCGAAUAUCUGUGCUUCCGAAUGAGAUGAGGAAGAUGAAAGGCUUGGUGGAUUUCAGACUGUCCGACAAUCCGCUGACCUCGCCGCCUGCCUCGCUAUGCAUUCGCGGGCGAACGCACAUUUUCAAAUAUUUGGAGAGGCAAGCAGCGAAACACGAGAGAGCCAGAGGUGGUCGAACGCGGCGAGCACCUUUGGAUGCGAGAGGUCACGUGACGCUGGAUACGAGGUCACAUCGGCGGCACAACAUCGACAGCGGGUACAGCACGAGCGACGGCGUCGACAAGCGUUGGUCCCAGGAAAUCCACAGCGCGGUGCACGACGGCGAAGUACGUGGUUUGUGGCGGCAGGAAUGCUCACCGCUUUCGAUAACGCUACCGCACGAGGUAGGCGUGAACGGGUCCUGCAGCGGCACGUCGACGCCCAGCACGAUUUCACCCGGAGAACACACGUCUCUAGAAGAUGAGUUGGGCAAGGCGAUGAUAUUGCACGAUCAACUGGAAAAGAGGAGAUUGGAGAGGAGCACAUCGGAGAACGGGGCAGACAUUAGGAGACCAAUGAUCUCUGGCCUUCAUCACACAUCGAUUACGCCACCGGGCCAUCUGGAGUCCACGCACUUGACGAGUCAGUCGCAGCAGAUAUCGUCCGCGCAAUCGGUACACCCGCUUCAGACUGCAAUGAAUCCCGCCACGCUGGUGAACGGCGACGAUAAGAGGCCAUUGAAUCACAUACAAACGUACAGGGAGUACAAGGAAGCUCUAAAGCAACAGAGAGCUAAUGAAGGUCUAAGUGUGUACAGACCUCGCGAACAGGUGACACCACCAGGAAAUGAGUCGCAAAACAAUGAGACUGACUCAAGCAAUAAUAAGGAAAUCAUUGCUCUGACCGGUAAGCAAAUCUUCAAUGAGGACAACGCAUUAAAGAGGCCGGUACAAAAGGUCACUCCGUCGCGGAUUAAUUAUCAAAAUACGCCGAUCAUCAACGGCAGCAACAACGAUUACAACACCAAGAACGGAAAGUAUCUCGAGCAACCUUACAAGAAACCCAGCUCGCCCAUUAAAACUUGCAGUAGCAUCUUGUCUGCAAACACGAGUCCAGCACACGCGCCCAGACUGGUGAAAACCGCUGUUGGUUACGUAGAAGGCAACAAGAGUCCAAGCAGAAACGGUGGCAGUCCGAAAUCUCCGCGAUCGGUUACGUGGAACAGUAAUUUGCCUGAAAAAUAUUCCUUUACCAUGAGGAGAGAAUUCGAACGCGCCAAAGAAGAAGCUGAUCUCAUCGAACAACUGCGAAAUCACAUAGAGACGAGAUUAAAGAUGGCACUGCCGGAGGACCUCGCACCAGCAUUAACGGACGGCGUUGUUCUUUGUCAUCUGGCCAACCAUGUCAGACCACGAUCUGUUGCCAGUAUACAUGUUCCUUCUCCCGCUGUACCUAAAUUGACAAUGGCGCGAUGCAGGCGUAAUGUUGACAACUUUCUCGAGGCGUGUCGGAAGAUCGGCGUCGAUGAGAAUCUUGUGUGCUGCGCCAGCGAUGUCCUGGAAGGAGGUCGUGGGGUUGUACGCGUUGCGGUGACCGUAUCCGAGUUACUAAGAUUCCAUCAGACACGCUCGCCGUUGCAAACGUCCUCGAGCAUGCCGAAUCACGUGCCUGCUUAGCGCCAGACUAUCUAAAUCGCAAGAUCGUCUGGCGACAGAUCCGGAGUCCGUUUUUCCUCCCUCCAUGCGCAGGAAGAGGAAAAUGACGAGGAUAAGCCAUGAAGGAAGAGACCGCAUGGACGGAUGCGCUCGAAAUGUGCUCCGAGACGAAAAGCCCGAGACUUUUUCCUAUGAAUCGUCGAUACUGGAUUGGAAUUUGCUCGAUCGCUUCUGUUUCGUCGUGAAGCGUUUGCAGACCGAUACACAAGUUGAUUAUAAAUCAUUAACUGGUGAAAUAACAUCAUACGUUGAUUAUAUUUCAAAAAAAAAAAAUUAAUUGGCAACAUAAUAAUUAUUCAAUAAUUAUUCAAUAAUUAUUAAAAUUAUAAAAAGGGCAAAUUAAAAUUUUUUUGAUUAAAAUAAAAUAUUCUAGGAAAAGCGUAUUUAAAAAUUUCAAACUAAAAGUUUUCAAAUGUAUGACAAGUUAGUUUUAUAAAUUUCACACAGAAUAACGCAAUAUUUAAAUAUUAUGAAAAUUACAUUAAACCAGUUAAGGAUUAAAAUGAAAUACUCGAAACUAGAAUUUAGAUUUAAUAGAUAUUUAAUUAAUAAAUGUCAAGCGAAUAAAACGUUCAUGUGAAUAUACUUAUCAGAUAACACAAACGUCUGAAAGACGCCGUAAAGAUGUCUAAAAGAGAUACCAAUCUUUUAGAUAUCCAUCAAACAUUUAAGAGACAUGCUGAUCUUUCGCAAAUCUUAGAUCUCUAAAAGAUAUGAUGCUUGUCUUAAAAUGUUUCUUAGAUGUUUAAAAGAAACUUUUUCAAGUCUCUAAAAGGCAUCUUUUUGAAUUUUUGUGUUAUAUAAAUUGUUUCGAAGCUUCUCGUAGCUCGAGGAUAGUCCUUAGGAUACAACGAGUCAAUAGUCUCGAUUGCGAAGUGAUUCUUUAUCGAACCGACAAUAAGUCGCUUUGUCGCUAUAACUUUUGCACGAGCGCUUCGUAGAAUUGAUGAAUCGCUUUGAAAUCACGGCAGGCUAAGCGUAUUAAGCUAAUCUAUGUGAAAGAAACACUUUUGUAUCCCUUCGUAUGAUAAGCAAACUGUGGUAAUAUCGAGAGCGGAUUUUUCUUAUCAAAAAACCGCGCGCGAGCAAAAUCGCGCGCACGACGUAACGAUAGACUGCAGUCAACCAUGACAUUUGAUUAGGUAUAACGAAUUUUAUAUAAACGAGAUCAGGCAUACGAUGAUGCUUAUUUUUGCUCGUAAUUACAGCUGGGUCCUUAGAAGUUCCGGAACAAAAUACGAGACGGGCAUUUUAUAAAAUAGAGAGACGGACAUACGGAAUUAAGAGAUAUUAGAUGUAGGAUCUGUCGAGACUUAGGCUGCGUGUUCACGUAAUUUUCAAGUUAAAAAAAAAUCCUAAAAUUAAGAGUUCUCAAUUUUAUAAAUUAAAUAUAAAUGUAAUUGGCAAUUUGAAGAAUUAAAGAGUUUGUUUUACUUUCGGCUUAUAUGCAUCUAUAUAUAUGUAUGGAUUUUAUAUAGAUCAUUAUAUGUAUAUAUUGUUUAUUACGUGACAUUCUCUCAGAGAAAGUAAGGUGGACAUUCAACCUCAAGACUCUAUUUCGCCAGGCUGACAAAGAUAUCCGAGCUUUUGAGUAGUGUAGUCCUGUAAUAUCCGUGAUCUAAUAUCUCGCAUGCAUGCGUCGCUAAAGCUGAGUUUGUAGACUAGGCUGGCAAUCCGUAAAUACGAGUAUCCCAAAGACAUGUUAUAUAAAUCUUCGAUUUUUAUCACUUCAUUAUCGUUACAUGCCUUAAAUGGAAAUAGUAUUAAAUGUAAA